AUGACCGCUGGCCAUGGCGCUGCGCAUGGUGGCCACGACGACGCCCCGCAUGUCGCGUACAAGGGCGAGCGCCCGCCCUUUGAGCGCAUCCCCAUGCCAUCCAUGGCGACAGAGGAGUAUAGGGACAACCUGCCCGCGUUUGACAGCGAGAAGCCAAUGCCGCCCCCGCGCAGUGUGUUGGAGCGUUUCUCGCGGGUGCUUCAGCUGCAGUUCGGGCAGGACCCCGACAUGCCGCUGCUCGGUAGCUCACCGGAGCGCAAGUACGACAGCUGGUUUGACUACAUCACGAGUCCCAUUGCUCCGCUGCGCCCGCGCAAUUACACGGACGCCUAUACGAGGCCGAAUCCGUGCCCGGAGGAGUACUGGUGGGCAUCGUGGCGGUGGCCGCGGACAAAGUACGUGAACGCAAAAGUGCCGCCCCCUGUCGACGGAAAGUACAAUGACUAUUACCACUACUUAGCAUACAAGAAUUGGUUGGAGCGGGAACGUGACGUGUAUAUGGCCCACGCCAACUUGGUUAACGAGAUGACAAUGCGGUGCAUAGUGAAAGAAGGACAGUACAAUGCUGCUAAGAACUGCCGCCACCUGUACAACAAGCAAUUUGCCAUGUCUCGAAUGGAGGAGCUCAACCAGGCGCUGCUUUACAUGGCAAUUACCGGGAAUGCCGCAAUCCGGGAGACACCUUACCCGAAUGACUUUGUUGAGGAGAAGCGGAAGAUAUACGAUGACUGGUUGUUCCGUACUCGCAUGAGGAAGCCAGGUGAUGUAGUGUAG